CAACUACAGUCCCAGCCUCAUUUCUCCUGCCGACCUCUUAAGAGUCUCUUCAUAUUCAAAGACACGGAGUCUUCUCCGGAGUUCGCUUGCCCCAUAGCAUAUUUAUUCAACUCAUAUAUUUCCUUUCCACCCGUUGUCCAGGUCAUUGGCGAUUCAUUCACUAGAUUUCGUUUCCUCUUGAUCGCUUUGCCGUCAUGGCAACCACCCUUCCCUACCGUGACAUCAACGUCCAUGCCUCAGCCUCUCAUUAUGCUUUUACCUCCCCUUCUUCGCCUACGGCUCCAACUCUUGUAGUGGAGCGGCCUUCUGGCGACCUGAGAUUGAAUGAUGGCUCACUAUUAGGUGCCAAGCGGGUCUCUAGCAUCGCGGGGAUUCUGGGUAUCAUCCGACUACGCUUGGAUAAAUACAUUAUCGUCAUUACCAAAGCCCAGCCUAUGGGACGCCUCAAAGGCCACAUGGUCUAUAGGGUCGUGGCGACCGAAUUUCUCCCUCUCCGUGAACGGCCUUUGCACGAUCCUGAUGAGGAUACCUACCUUGAUCUCCUCAAGUCUCUACUACGAAACGGCCCAAUGUACUUUUCCUACUCGUAUGAUAUUACCAACAGCUUCCAGCGUCAGGCGCAAUCAGACGCUGCCGUUCCUUUAUGGAAGCGGGCAGAUGAUCGAUUCUUCUGGAACAAAUUCAUCCAGAGUGACCUAAUUGACCUUCGAAAUGGAGGCAGCCACACCGGAGGAGGGCGAUUGCAGGGCCGAGAGCAACCGGGCGUGGAUUCUUAUAUCCUUCCUGUCAUGUUCGGAAUGCUAAGAAUCACAGCCACGAAACUAAAGUCCACUCCCUUCACCUUUGCACUCAUCACCCGCCGUUCAAGACAUAGGGCUGGAACUAGAUAUUUUUCUCGCGGAAUGGAUGAGCUAGGUCAUGUAUCCAACUAUAACGAGACUGAGCAGAUUGUCAUUUUGAAUGAUCGCUCCUCCGAUUUUGGGGGCUUUUCGGCAGGCCAAGGAAUGGCAAACGGAGACUUGGGCUCAAGCGCCGGCCGAGAAGCGCAAGUGCUCUCAUAUGUGCAGACAAGAGGAAGUGUUCCCGUAUACUGGGCUGAGGUUAACACUCUUCGAUACACACCGAAACUUCAGAUCCGCGGUGUCGAAACCGCCAUCGCCGCGGCACGUCGGCACUUCGACGAGCAAAUUCAAAUUUACGGCGACAACUAUCUGGUCAACUUGGUUAACCAGAAAGGGCGAGAGCAACAAGUGAAGGAGGCUUACGAACAAAUGAUACGUGUGCUCGUUUCGUCUUCAAAUGAAGAGACGAAGCGUGACCCUCUCACAGAAGAGAAGUUUCACACCUUGGAUGCAAAGAAGAAGUCUAAGGAAAUUGACCGUUUGCAUUAUGUGUAUUUUGAUUUUCAUAGCGAAACCAAGGGGCUAAGAUGGCAUCGAGCCCAACUUCUUCUCGAUGAGAUGUCGGAUGCUCUACAAGCGCAACAGUACUUCCGAGGGGUCGACAUGCCUGGUGACCCGAAUGGUACCCUUGAAGUUCGUAACCUGCAGAGGAGUGUGGUGCGGACGAAUUGCAUGGAUUGUUUGGAUCGGACAAACGUAGUUCAGAGCAUGCUUGCGCUCUGGACGCUAAAUCGGAUGCUGGCGGACCUUGGUAUACUGGAGCAUGGUGAAGCAGCUAGUGAUGAUCCGGCUUUCGCUCUUCUCUUCCGAAAUGUCUGGGCCGACAAUGCCGACGUUGUCUCGCGCUCUUAUUCCGGGACCGGAGCCCUCAAGACAGAUUUUACGCGUACUGGAAAGCGUACAAGAGCAGGAAUGGUGCAGGAUCUGAGUAAUUCCAUUACUCGUUACUUUCGCAACAACUUUGCGGACGGGCCGAGGCAAGAUGGAUUUGACUUGUUUCUGGGUGCCUAUCUGCCUUCAGCGACCUCAGUUGGUAGCUCGUACCUCUUCGUGGACCGGAGGCCGAUUAUGAUACAAGCUGUCCCCUACGUUUUAGGGGCGAGCGUAUUCUUCAUCUUUGUUGCAGUUUUCACCAGACGACUUCCUGAGUCAACCAUCUGGCCAUUACGGAUCAUGAUGUGCUCAUUCAUGGCUUUGAGUGCUUGGUGCUUUCGGUUUAUUGUCAACAAUGGAAUGCUCUACGUCAAUUGGCCCAAGCUCAACACACCCACUUAUGCCAUGGAAGGUUACCAAGAAGCCAUCGCUAGUGCCAGCAAAGAUAAGAUUAUUGGGCAGUGGGUUGGCAAACAUGAGCGCGGCGCAAGCACCAGCCGGCUGAGCUAUUUGGAGGAGGGUAAGAAGAGGAUUGAGUAAUGGAAGAAACAAUUGCAUGAUACCCACAUUGGGCGCUUAGAAUGUAGAACAAAUGCCGCCAUGAUAAACUCCAUAUAUUGAUAUACGUAAUGAUAAUUAUCAUCAUC